AUGACCAGCUCGACCUCCGCAAAAUAUCGCGUUGCUGUUAGUCAACACGAGCCCGAAUGGUUUGACUUACAAAUGUCUGUGGAAAAAACAUGUCGUAUUAUAUCAGAGGCUGCUGAGAAUGGUGCGCAGCUAGUUACAUUUGCGGAAGCAUUUAUUCCAGGUUAUCCAGCAUGGAUCUGGACUCGCCCAGUCGAUCCGGUUCUCUCUACCAUCUACAUUAAGAAUUCCCUAGUCGUCAAUUCUGAUGAGAUGAGAACCAUUCAAAACUGUGCCGCCAAGCAUGAUAUUGUCGUCUCUCUGGGCUUUUCCGAAAAUGACCAUAACUCGUUAUAUAUUGCGCAAGCUAUUAUUGAUGGUGAUGGGACGAUAGUCAUGAAGAGGAGGAAGAUCAAGGCUACACAUAUGGAGCGUACUAUUUUUGGAGACGGUUCGGGAGGUAGUCUUAUGAAUGUUGCUUCGACUCGUGUUGGCAAGGUUGGAGCUUUAGCUUGUUGGGAACAUUGCCAACCGUUACUUAAAUACCAUACUAUACAUCAACAAGAGCAGAUUCAUUGCGCAGCGUGGCCCCCAAUCUACAAUCAUACUGGUGGACCUGAGCUAUGGUCCAUGUCGAAAGAGGGAUGUCAAAGCAUUUCCCAAGUAUAUGCGAUAGAGUCUCAGACUUUUGUUCUUCACGCCACUACCGUCAUGUCAGAAAAGGGAGUCGGCGCAAUGUCUACAGGAGGAGGACUAAUGAUGUCAAUGCCGGGUGGUGGGGCCUCAGUCAUUAUCGGACCUGAUGGUCGGGUCAUGUCGACGCCUCUUGAUUCUACAACCGAGGGAAUUGUUUAUGGAGAUAUCGAUCUCGAUCAAGCCAUAUUCGCGCGCAGUUUCUUGGACGUUUGUGGACAUUACAGUAGACCAGAUCUUCUAUGGCUCGGCUGCGAUACCCGCGAACGAAAGCUAAAAGUUGAGGAGAAGUUUGAAAUAUCGGAGAAUUAA